ACCUCCUCCGUUUCAAUCUAUCUGACGUCGUAUAUAUUUGUCUCGACAAUGAGAGAAAUCGUUCACAUCCAGGCUGGCCAGUGUGGUAACCAGAUUGGUGCCAAGUUCUGGGAAGUGAUCAGUGACGAGCAUGGCGUCGACCCAACAGGGACGUACCAUGGAGACAGUGAUCUGCAGCUGGACAGGAUCAACGUUUAUUACAACGAAGCAACAGGAGGUAAAUAUGUGCCACGUGCUGUUCUUGUGGACUUGGAACCAGGCACCAUGGACUCUGUGAGAUCCGGACCCUUUGGACAGAUAUUCAGACCUGACAAUUUUGUGUUUGGUCAGAGCGGUGCUGGUAACAACUGGGCGAAAGGUCACUACACUGAGGGAGCUGAGGUGGUCGACUCGGUCCUGGAUGUGGUACGCAAAGAGUCGGAGAACUGUGACUGCCUGCAAGGGUACCAGCUUACACAUGCCCUCGGCGGUGGAACUGGAUCUGGCAUGGGAACCCUACUCAUCAGCAAAAUUCGUGAAGAAUACCCUGAUAGGAUCAUGAAUACAUUUAGUGUGGUGCCCUCCCCCAAGGUGUCAGAUACCGUGGUCGAGCCCUACAACGCCACUCUCUCCAUUCACCAGCUUGUUGAGAACACAGAUGAAACCUACUGCAUUGACAAUGAGGCUCUGUACGACAUCUGCUUCCGCACACUCAAAUUGACCACGCCCACUUACGGAGACCUGAACCACCUCGUGUCCUCCACCAUGAGUGGAGUCACUACCUGCCUACGCUUCCCUGGCCAGCUCAACGCUGACCUCCGUAAACUGGCUGUCAACAUGGUGCCUUUCCCUCGUUUGCACUUCUUCAUGCCCGGCUUCGCUCCCUUGACCAGCAGGGGGAGCCAACAGUACCGAGCGCUCACGGUCCCUGAGCUCACCCAGCAAGCGUUCGAUGCCAAGAAUAUGAUGGCCGCGUGUGACCCGCGUCAAGGCCGUUACCUCACAGUUGCCACCGUGUUCCGUGGCCGGAUGUCCAUGAAGGAAGUGGACGAGCAGAUGCUCAAUGUCCAGAACAAGAACAGCAGCUACUUUGUCGAAUGGAUCCCCAACAACGUCAAGACCGCCGUCUGUGACAUUCCGCCCCGUGGCCUCAAGAUGGCCGUCACCUUCAUUGGCAACACCACAGCCAUCCAAGAGAUGUUUAAGCGCAUCUCUGAGCAGUUCACAGCCAUGCUGCGUCGUAAGGCCUUCCUGCACUGGUACACAGGUGAAGGUAUGGAUGAGAUGGAGUUCACUGAGGCUGAGAGCAACAUGAAUGAUUUGGUCUCUGAGUACCAGCAGUACCAGGACGCCACUGCUGAGGAUGAAGGAGAAGGUGAGGAGGAGCCUGAAGAAGACUAA